CAAUGGCAGAUGUAUCACUUUUGAAUAUUUCAUUUAGCCUAUCAAAAUUGUGAUGUGCAUUCUUUGUUGCCCAUAAUGGUUCAGUUACUACUCUUUUUUGCAUAAUUGUGCUAGAACAUGUGAUAUCACAUCAAAAAGUAACAGUUAUAUUUCAUAUUAUAUAGUCUUUAAAAGCAUUGGAAGUACACUUUGGAAAGUUUUGUUUGUCUUAUUUAUGGCUUUUUGUGGAUUUGAACUUGUGAAUUGUGUAUUAUGUAUUGUAGGAUGUGUUCAUUGUUUCGGAACUCCAUUUUAGGUUUGAUUUUCAAUUAAUAUACAAAGGCAUACUAAGGAGGUAGUACAUGGGUAGACUCUUUCCAUAAAAUGGUACUAGAACCUAGUUGUGAUUUUGAAGGGAAAAUAAGUGACAUUCUUGGGAAAAUGUUUAAACAUUGAUU